AUGAGAUGCAACUCCACGGGAGCUCGACUCGCAGUCAAAGACAACAUCGCCUCCCUCGGCAGCUUGACAACAUGCGACUCCAACAUCCUUGCUGGCACAGCCAUUCCCUUCGACGCGACCAUAGUGUCCCAGCUGCGGAGCCGUGGCUUCUCCGUGGUUGGCAAGACGGGCAUGGAUGAAUUUGGCAUGGGCACACACUCCACAACCGGCGCGAGAGGCAUUGUACGCAACGCCGAACCCCUCCAGGACUUCUCGGCUGGCGGGAGCUCUGGCGGCAGUGCUGUCUCGGUCAGCAAAGGGGAGGCAGAGAUCGCCCUGGGUACAGACACAGGCGGCUCUGUGCGGAUGCCAGCAGCGUAUACCGGGACUGUCGGAUUCAAGCCCAGCUAUGGAAUGCUGUCCCGGUUUGGGGUUGUGCCGUAUGCCAACUCGCUCGACACUGUUGGCUUGCUGGCAAAGACAGUAACCAAGAUCAGAGAUUUGCUCAUCGGCACGAAGCUGUUCGCUGAGCACGAUCACAAUGACCCGACAAGUCUACCGGUUUCUGUGCGGCAGAGAUGUACUGCGCAAAGAACGGGCUAUGAUGGCCAAGCUCGCUCUACUCUACGAGGCAUCACGUUCGGUCUCCCGAUCGAGUAUAAUGUGGAGGAGCUGAAUUCAAGCGUCAGAGAUGGAUGGAUUCGGGCAGCACAAAUAGUGGAAGAUAUGGGUGGCCGUGUUGUUCCAGUAUCACUUCCAACCACAAGGAUGGCGCUAUCGGCAUACUAUGUCAUUGCACCAGCCGAGGCUGCAUCGAACCUGGCAAAGUACGACGGCAUCCGUUACGGCCGACGGAACACCGACACCGACACGGACGCGCCAGACGGUGUGCUCUAUGCAAAGACGAGAGCGUCCGGUUUUGGGAAAGAGGUCAAGCGACGAAUAUUGCUGGGUUCAUACUCGCUCAGCUCCGAAGCUGUGGACAACUACUUCAUCCAAGCCCAGAAGGUCCGCCAGCUAGUUAGAAGGGAUUUCGACAGAGUCUUCAAGCUCUCCAACCCUCUCAGGGACGAGCAGCCCUUUGACCUCAGCGAUAUGGACGAGUCCGUUGUGCUGGAGAAUAAGCUGGGCCCGACACAGGUCGACUUUCUACUGUGCCCGACUGCACCAACGACUCCACCCCUCCUGGAGGAAGUCUUGCAUCAGACGCCACUCGACUCAUACAUGAAUGAUGUUUUUACCGUGCCUGCAAGUCUCGCUGGACUGCCAGCCAUCAGCGUGCCAAUGGGUCUUGCUUCCCCUGCCCAAGACGGCGAGGAAUCCAAAGCAAAUUUUGGCGGCCUGCAACUCAUUGGGCAGUACUGGGACGAUGCCCGCCUCCUGUCUGUUGCAGAAUUGGUUUCCCGCGCUGUCGAUACAAGAUGA